AUGGAUCACUUUCGUGUAUACGACGAAUCAUUCCGGACAAUCCUUGGAAGUGUCCCGAAAUUGGAUAUACUUCUCGAACACGAUUACCCGUUCGCCCACGAGGCGGGAGUGUUCAUUGCAGAGAAAAACGAGCUGUUCGUCACCAGCAACCAGAUAUUCAAUGCAGCAGGUUCGAGGUCGGUACAGGUCUCCAAAAUCACCCUCAGUCCAACAGACAGGAGUGCACAAUGUGAAAAAGUCAGCUGUCCCAAGAUCGAAAUGGCCAAUGGGGGUGUUAACUACGGCCGAACCACAUUAUUGAUUUGUUCCCAAGGCUCAGCGACCGCUCCUAGUGGUAUCUACUGCAUGGAUGUCUUUCCUCCGUAUCAUGUUGAGUUGCUGGUAUCAGACUUCUAUGGCCGACCUUUCAACUCUGUAAACGAUGUCGUCGUCCAUAGCGAUGGGAGUAUCUGGUUCACAGAUCCAUGCUAUGGUUUCGACCAAGGAUACAGAACUAAACCUCGUCUUCCAAACCAGGUUUACAGAUAUGUGCCUUCCACCAGGGGGAUCCGAGCGGUUGCAGAUGGAUUUGGCAGGCCGAAUGGAUUGUGUUUCGCGCCCGAUGAGAAAACGCUGUAUGUGACGGAUACCGACUGGAUUCGAGGCGUGGAAAACGUUGAUGACACCAGAGCAUCUACCAUCUACGCCUUCGACGUUCAGCUUUAUGCAGGCCAACCAUUCCUGACGAACCGCAGAUUGUUUGCCUUCUGUGACACAGGCAUUCCCGACGGCAUCAAGUGCGACAUGGAAGGCAAUGUGUACAGUGGAUGUGGUGACGGGGUCAACGUCUGGUCGGUUGGGGGAUGUCUAAUUGGAAAGAUUCUGGUGCCGGGAGGAGUGGCUAAUUUUUGCUUUGGCCAGCGUGGGGAGAUGUUCCUACUGAAUGAGAGAAGGCUUUGGCGAGCCCGGCUGGCAGACUCUGUCAGCGGAGCCCUUCUUAGAUUGUAA